GAAGAAGGAGCCACAUUUUUGAGCUGCUUCAUUUCCCAUUUCUUGAUCUGUCUCUGUGGUUUCACAGAUUUCAGGUAGAGAGAGAGACAGAGAGAAGGAGAAAAGCAAGGAGAGCUUCUCAAAGCUCUAAGACUCUCUGUCCUCUCUCUCACUUGCACUCUCCCUAUUUCUCUGUCUUUCUGCCUCUGCAGUGGUACCAAAAGCGAAAGACUCUCUCUUUCACAUAUCAGUCGCCAUGAUGUCGUUGAAUAGAAGCUGUUUCCUGGGAAACCCGGCCAUCGCUGGGUCUUCUAGCCCGUUCUCUCAUAGCCAGAAGAGGCGCUCAGCUUCGCUGAAAGUGGUGGCUUUGGUCCCUAAAGUCCGUACUGGUGACCGAAACGGCAGCGUAGUGAUGGAAAGCACAUUGCAGGAAGUGAAGGACGAAUCCUCGGUUGUUGAGCUGAAAUCCACCGUCCAUGGUGGGGUCCAAGACGUGUAUGGUGAGGAUACUGCCACCGAGGACCAACUUGUCACACCCUGGAGUGUCUCUGUUGCUAGUGGAUAUACGUUGAUACGGGAUCCACACCACAACAAAGGUCUUGCCUUCACAGAGAAAGAGAGAGAUGCUCAUUACUUGCGUGGUCUUCUCCCCCCUGUUGUUAUUUCUCAAGAACUUCAGGUGAAGAAAAUGAUAAAUUGUAUCCGCCAGUAUCUAGUUCCUCUGCAGAAGUAUAUAGCCAUGAUGGAUCUUCAGGGGAGAAAUGAAAAGCUAUUCUACAAGCUUCUUAUUGACCAUGUCGAGGAAUUACUCCCAGUUGUAUAUACUCCUACUGUCGGUGAAGCUUGCCAGAAAUAUGGAAGCAUAUUUACGCACCCACACGGUCUUUUCAUAAGUUUGAAAGACAAGGGCAAGAUUCUUGAAGUGUUGAGGAACUGGCCUGAGAAGAAUAUUCAAGUCAUUGUUGUCACUGAUGGAGAGCGGAUCCUUGGGCUGGGGGAUCUUGGCUGUCAUGGGAUGGGUAUACCUGUGGGUAAACUUGCUCUAUAUACUGCACUUGGAGGAGUUCGUCCUUCUGCUUGCUUGCCUGUAACCAUUGAUGUUGGUACAAACAAUCAGAAGCUAUUGGACGAUGAGUUCUACAUUGGACUCAGGCAAAAGAGGGCUACUGGACAGGAAUAUGCAGAACUUCUACAGGAAUUCAUGACUGCAGUCAAGCAGAAUUAUGGGGAGAAAAUUCUCGUUCAGUUUGAAGACUUUGCGAACCACAAUGCUUUUGAUCUGCUGUCAAAGUAUGGUACAACUCAUCUUGUUUUUAAUGAUGACAUUCAGGGGACAGCAUCUGUGGUUCUUGCAGGACUUGUUGCAGCUUUGAAGUUAGUUGGGGGAUCAUUAGCUGACCACAGAUUUUUAUUCCUUGGUGCUGGAGAGGCCGGCACUGGCAUAGCAGAACUGAUAGCGCUUGAAGUUUCCAAACAGACAAAUAUCCCAGUGGAAGAGACCCGAAAGAACAUUUGGCUUGUGGACUCAAAGGGAUUGAUUGUCAGUUCUAGGAAGGAAUCACUCCAACAUUUUAAAAAGCCGUGGGCUCAUGAACAUGAACCAGUCAAGGAACUUGUAGAUGCUGUUAAUGCAAUCAAACCUACAGUGUUAAUUGGAACGUCAGGAGCAGGAAGAACAUUCACCAAAGAAGUGGUUGAGUCUAUGGCCUCCCUCAAUGAGAGACCUAUUAUCCUUGCUCUUUCCAACCCAACAUCACAAUCUGAAUGUACUGCGGAAGAAGCAUACACAUGGACUCAGGGUCGUGCUAUUUAUUGUAGUGGAAGCCCAUUCCCGCCUGUUGAAUAUGAGGGGAAGGUUUACACUCCUGGCCAGGCAAACAAUGCAUACAUCUUCCCUGGAUUUGGUCUGGGUUUAAUAAUGUCUGGUACUAUCCGUGUUCACGACGACAUGCUUCUGGCAGCCUCGGAAGCUUUGGCUUCACAGGUAUCCCAGGAAGACUAUGACAAGGGACUCAUAUACCCUCCAUUUACAAACAUUAGAAAGAUUUCGGCACAUAUUGCUGCUAAAGUAGCUGCUAAAUCAUAUGAACUUGGUUUGGCUACUCGCCUCCCUGAACCGAAGGAUCUGGAGAAGUAUGCUGAAAGCUGUAUGUACAGCCCUUCCUAUCGAAGUUUCCGGUGAAUUUUUUAAAGUUCCUGUUGGGUUUGUUGUUCCUGGGUUAAUUACAGUUAAACGAAUCAAUUUUUUUUUUCUUGUCUUUCUAUGGUUUAUUUAUUUUGGGUUUUUCCCUUCUCAUUUGUUCUAUUAUGUAACCAAUUUGUUAGAUGAGAAGUAGGAUGGGUGCAGGUAGUUGGGUUAGGGCUCAAAAAAUAUAGUUGGAAAAUGAUGUGAACGGUCAAAUUUUAAAUGAAAUAAACCUUUCAAGUUACCUCCA